CAACAACAGCUCUUCUUUGUCCGCACUUCAACGAUACCCGCUUCUAAGGUUACUUCUUUACGCUCAAUUCAUACGCUCGAACAUAAGGUGUCGGGAACACAACACAGUCGCCGACUACGAUCACCACUUUUACACCAUGGAGCCCGCCGCAGCCGGAAUUCUCUAUGCGGCAGAGAACGUCCUGCAAGGUGCUGCCGCUCUUGUGAAGGGCAUCACGAACCCAACUCUACCUAUCAAGGCCAACCUUACACGGAUCACCUCUGUCCCAUUACCACGAUCGCAGCACACUGUCUCAAUCGUCAAAGGACGAGCCUACAUCUUUGGUGGUGAGACAGCACCAGGACAACUUGCCGACAACGACAUGCACAUUGUCAUCCUACCAUCGAGCGGUGUACUUGACGCAGAUUAUACUUCGAAACCCGCACAAGCUGCGAACGGCUUCGACGAUGUACCUGGACCACGAAAGGGUCAUACUGCAGUAGUCAUUGGAGAUACCAUGUACGUGUUCGGAGGAGAGGGAGAGAGCGUCACCAACGAAAACGGGAGGGUAUGGGCAUAUCACACAGUCUCGAGCACGUGGUCAUUCCUUGACCCUGCUCCCGGCACGUUGUCUCCAAGCCACCGGGUAGGACAUACCUCAGCAAGCUCAGAUCUUCCAGCUGCAAAGACAGUCACAUACCAGGAGAAAGUACCUCAACAGCCGGCAGAUCCCUCAAAGAACGUUCCUGAACCUCCCGUGGAUGAUACUUGGGGCACUAUCUUCGUGGUUGGCGGACAAGACACCUCGAAAAGGGAGCUUGCAACCGACGCUCUAGCUUUCGACGUGAAGACACGCACAUGGUCGAACAUACCCUCGCCACCAGGACAGCCUCGUGAAGGUGCUAGCCUGUCACUCGCAGGCAGCAGGCUAUAUCGCUUCGGAGGCAAGGGUGUCGAGACUUUCGCAUCUGGUGCUCUGGAGUACCUUGACGUUGCACCUGUUUUCACACAUGCUGAAGGCGGCACAACACCGCUGACAAGUGGUUGGGCCUGGCAGGAAGUCUCGCACGUCGAGUCGAAAGAUCUGUCAGCGCCCCAAGCGCGGUCUAAUGCUGGCCUGGUCGAGGUCACUACCGGCCAAGGACGGCACUAUCUGAUUGCCAUUGGUGGCGAAGGCGAGGAUUCGAAGCACUUGGAUGACAUCUGGUCCUUCCAGCUGCCUGCAGAGCACGCUACUGCUGCAGCAACUAAGGAUGCCAUUCGUUCUUCCAUCAAGCGCGGCACACAUGAGGCAACUUGGGCAGAGGUGCUCUACAAGUAUGUCGAUACCAAGGGCGAGGAGGAGAAGGACAUCCCUGGCGAACCGAAGCGUGGUCUUGGGGAGAGGGGUCAAUUUGGUAUUGCGAAGGGGACAGAGGUCGAUGGGGCAACGUGCGUUGUCUGGGGUGGUAUCAAUGCUGAGGGCAGCGUACUAAGUGAUGGCUGGAUGGUCACCGUAGACAGAUAACUAUAAUUGCCCUGCAAAACAAGGCUUUACAACUUGGAUCCGCU